AUGCAACUGAAGAUUGUUUGCUCGCUGCUGCUGCCGCUGGCUGCAAGCUUACAAGCUGCCGCUGCUGCCGCCGCCAGAGUUUCCCCAGCAACUUCAGCACCUGCCUAUGAUAAAGCUUUGCAGCAAUCCAAAGCGGUUGCGGCGCCGGGAACGAUUCGGCUCCUCCGACCUUUUCUCCGGGAGCAGCGACCUAGCGGGAUAGUAGAAAGCAUAGACCAGACCUAUGCCGGAGGAGGCAAGGUGGGUUACAUCCUCUACCUGGAUGAGAAGCGCUUCCUUUUAGAUCUGGAGAAGGACGCGUUGCUUGGAACCACCAAGCAGCUGCUCCAGGGCAAGGGUCACUGCUACUAUCGGGGCACGGUGGAUGGGAGUGCCCAGUCUCUGGCAGUCUUCAAUCUCUGUGGUGGCUUAGAUGGCUAUUUUGCAGUCAAGCAUGCCCGCUACACGGUGAAACCUUUGCUCCGAGGCAAAGGUAUAACAGAAGAGGAAAAGGCUUCUCACGACUGGAUCUAUGGAGAUGUGUCUGGGCAGAUACUCCAUCUCUUCUUCAGGGAUCAUUUCAGCUUUGAAACACUGCCUUCCCGCCCCAGCUGUGAGACUCAUGGUUCUUCCAGGACCCCACUUUUGGAUGAAAAGGAACUGGCCCAAGGGCAGGAGGAGAAACUGGGAAUAGAUCUGACCACCAGAAUGGCACUUUCCCCUAUCACUUUUGCACCUCCUGUGGACUCUAGAAAAAGAAGGAAACGUUCUAUCUCUAGAGCCAGACAGGUAGAACUUCUCUUGGUGGCUGAUGACUCCAUGACCAAAAAGUAUGGCAAAGGCCUCCAACACUACUUGCUCACCUUGGCCACCAUUGCUUCUCGGCUCUAUGGACAUGCCAGCAUUGAGAAUCACAUCCGCCUGGUGGUUGUGAAGGUCGUGGUGCUGGGGGACAAGGAGAAAGGUCUAGAGAUCACCAAGAAUGCAGCCACCACACUCAAAAACUUCUGCAAGUGGCAGCACCAGCACAAUCAAUUGGAUGAUGAUCAUGAUGAGCACUAUGAUGCUGCUGUUCUUUUCACCCGUGAGGAUUUAUGUGGGCAUCAUUCAUGUGAUACUCUGGGAAUGGCUGACGUUGGAACCAUAUGCUCUCCUGAACGCAGCUGUGCAGUGAUUGAAGAUGACGGCCUUCAUGCGGCUUUUACAGUGGCUCACGAAAUUGGGCACCUCCUUGGACUUUCCCAUGACGACUCCAAAUUCUGUGAAGAGAACUUUGGUUCCAUGGAAGAUAAGAGACUUAUGUCUUCCAUCUUAACAAGCAUUGAUGCUUCCAAACCAUGGUCCAAAUGUACUUCAGUAACGAUAACAGAAUUUCUGGAUGAUGGGCACGGUAACUGUUUACUGGAUCAACCACGAAAACAUAUCUUAGGUCCCGAGGAGCUUCCAGGACAAACAUAUGAUGCCAUUCGCCAAUGCAAGCUGGCAUUUGGACCUGAAUACACAGUGUGUCCUGGAAUGGAUGUGUGCUCUCGUCUGUGGUGUGCCGUCGUUCGCCAAGGUCAAAUGGUGUGCUUGACCAAGAAGCUUCCUGCUGUGGAGGGGACACCAUGUGGAAAAGGAAGGAUCUGCCUACAAGGGAAAUGUGUUGAUAAGACAAAGAAAAAAUAUUAUUCAGCUUCAAACCAUGGCAACUGGGGAUCCUGGGGACCAUGGGGACAUUGCUCUCGUUCAUGUGGUGGAGGUGUCCAAUUCACCUAUCGGCACUGCAAUAACCCAGCACCUAGAAACAACGGUCGAUAUUGUACAGGAAAACGCGCUGUCUAUAGGUCCUGUAACAUCAUGCCCUGUCCUGCCAAUGCUAAAGCUUUCCGCCAAGAACAAUGUGAAGCAAGAAAUGGUUACCAAUCAGAUGCAAAAGGUGUCAAAACUUUUGUAGAAUGGGUCCCAAAAUAUGCAGGAGUGCUCCCAGGAGAUGUUUGCAAGCUUACCUGCCGAGCUAAAGGAACUGGCUACUAUGUAGUUUUUUCUCAAAAGGUGACUGAUGGAACAGAAUGUAGGCCAUAUAGCAAUUCAGUAUGUGUCCGUGGAAAAUGUGUACGAACUGGAUGUGAUGGCAUUAUUGGUUCAAAACUCCAGUAUGAUAAGUGUGGGAUUUGUGGUGGAGACAAUUCCAGUUGCACAAAAAUUAUAGGACACUUUAAUAAAAAGAGUAAGGGCUAUACAGAUAUUGUUAAAAUACCAGAAGGAGCGACACACAUCAAAAUACGACAGUUCAAAACGAAAGACCACAGUAGAUUCACUGCUUACUUGGCUUUGAAAAAGAAAAAUGGUGAAUAUCUUGUCAAUGGAAAAUACAUGAUCUCAACUUCAGAGACCAUCAUUGACCUCAAUGGAACAGUUAUGAACUAUAGUGGCUGGAGUCACAAAGAUGAUUUUUUGCAUGCCAUGGGACAUACAGGCACCAAGGAGAACUUGAUAGUACAGAUUCUUGCAACAGAUCCAACUACACCAGUGGAUGUCCGCUACAGUUUCUAUGUGCCAAAGAAGCAAACCCAAAUGACAAAUUCUGUCACUAACAACAGUAGUAACAAAAUUAGUCCAUCACUUGCUGAACCCCAGUGGAUAACUGGACCAUGGCUUUCUUGUUCUCGAACAUGUGAUACAGGGUGGCAUACAAGAACUGUCCAGUGUAAAGAUGGGAAUGGAAAAUUAGCUAAAGGCUGUCUUCUGUCUCAAAGACCUUCAGCAUUCAAACAAUGUUUAUUUAAAAAAUGUUAACCUGUGGUUACCGACUUCUUCAAAAGGAGUCUUCUUGAAUCUUAUUUGGCAUAUUGACAUAAGAUCUACCCAGAAACAAAAGGAAGACAAUGCAUCAAUAUUCUCUCAUAUUCUUGGCAAUUGUUCUUGGUAGGACAUGCCUAUUAGGACCAAAAGGAGAUAUGAGCUGGUCCUAUGAGGUGAUCUCAAUAUGUCAAAAGCACUAAGUGUUAGCUGUUACGAGCCCUUUGUAUCUGCAAAUAAGAGGAUAAGCCAGUGGAGAAGUUAUAAUGGGAUAUCCAGUUACAGAAUCAUCUCCCUUUUCUCACCUACCUCUAACAUAGGAUGUCUUUAGACACUUGUCAAAAUUACCCAUGAUUCUACAAUAGCUUCUUUUAUACUAUUUGUAAAUAUCUUUGCUUUGGUAUGUCACUUUAUAUCACUUGAUUUUCUUACAACGAACAGCAGCCUUUAUGUUUAACACAAGUGAUUGACCAAAGUACUAGUACGCCUGCAGCCACUGUUGACUCAUAUGCCUUUCUUAAAAUAAAAAAAAAGUGGCUGUUAGUAUUUUACUGGAAAACUAAGAGGUUGCUGCUUUAAAGAAAAAAAGUAAUAUCUUUCUGACAACAGGAAAUACAUUUCUAUUCUAAAAAUUUCCUGACAAUAGAAUUUAUUCUAUAUUAAUGCCUUUCUGAUGAGGAAUUUUUAUAGGCACAGUCUGCAGCAGUAGAAAAGGAAAAAAGGCUGCCAGUAUGAUGCUUUAAAAUUUGAAAAAGAAAUGUAUUUUAUUUUAUCCAUGUAGAACAAGAGUCCUCAACCCCCGGGCUGUGUCCCAUUCAGAACCAGGCCACGGAAGUGUGCCUGCUGUUCAUGUGGAACCAUCCUUUCCCCCACUACC